AUGUCUGUUGUUGAAGCUGUUCUGCAAACGCUUUCUGCGUUGAAGUUUGAAAGUACAUCGGCCGAACAAUCAGAUCCUCGUCCCACCACUUUUGAUAAUGAAACCUUAGAAACAGCCGAGAAGCUGCGUGUUUUUCAGUCAUUACCGACAAUCGCAAAAAAUUUAGGAGUUGAAGAAUGUCAGAAAACACUAGUACCAAUGUUGAGUGACCUUGUACAAAAGGCUAUUGGUGCUGGGGAUGAUGAAGUUCUCAUGGUGAUCGCUCAAAAACUGGCGGACCUAGCAGAUGUGUUGGGUAGAGAAGGCGAGGGUGCGAGCUCCCUUGUUUCUAUCAUUUCGGAUAUUUUGGUCUUUGUCGAAGAGAUUGUUGUGGUCCAAGCUGCUGCUGACGCAUUCUGCACCAUUCUGCCUCAUCUCUCGUCCGAACAAAUUGACAAAAAAGCCCUCCCUCUUAUCCGGAAGCUCCACGAAGAGGAUCUCUUCUGUGCUUCACGUAAAGUCGUGAGCAAAAUGAUGACCACUUGCUACCCCCUUGUUCCUACAAAAGUGCAAUCGGAGCUAAAAUGUCGCCUUAUUCACCUUGCGGACAAUGAGGACGAAGUGCCGCUUGUUCGUUCGGCUGCUAUCUCCCAACUUGUUACGUUGGCGCGUCUCAUUGGGAGCGACUUCAAGGCUGAGCUAUCACCACUCCUGGCGGGUCUAGUUGGAGACAGUCAGCGGAUCGUUCGGGCCGCAUGUGUUGGACCGAUCCUGGAGUUGGGCAAAAUGCUUAACAAUAAUGAGGCUGCAGAAUACGAGACAAUGGUUCAGGCCUCUCUGGACAAACUUAAUGAAGAUGGCUCAAGAGACACUCGACGCGCAUUGGCCAGCAAUAUGGCAGAGUUGCAAAAAAUUGCCAUAUCCAAAGGAGGGAACAGUAGGUCCCUUCACACGAUGAUGAUGAAUUUGCUGGAGGACAAUGAGGUGGAGACGAGACGAAUUGCGGCCAGUCAAUUCAAAGAUUUUUGUCUCACCUCACCGAAGGAUGUGCAGACAGACUUUCUGCUGCCACGACUGCAAGAACACCUCAAUAUGGAGCGAGAAGAACGAGUACGAUCUGAGCUUGUCUGCUGCGCCGUUGGACUUCUACCGUCCGCGCGGGUUGAGGACUGUUUACCCCUAGUUCGGCCUAUUCUCGCCUUCCUCAACCACAACCUGGACCAGCCGAAGCAGUAUGUGUUCGAGUACUUCUCCCAGCUGAUGUCCUUCAUUCCCUCCAGCGAGAUUCAACUCACCAUCCUGCCGAGUCUAGUGAAUUUGUGGCAAGGCAAGAACUGGCGUGUUCGACUCGGUGUGGUGCAAUCCCUUCCCUGCCUCUUUGCCACCCUGCCCGAGAAUUGUCUGCGGGAGACCAUUCUCCCAUCCACCCUGGCCUGGCUUCUCGAUCCCACAUGGGCGGUGCGCGACUGUGCAUGUCGGAGCCUUGCCCGCCUUCUAAGUGUUUGUCCCUCCGCCGCAACUGAUGCCAUCAUGGGUACUGGCGGCCUUGGAAGUGGAGAUAAAGACGUCAGUAUUGGUAGCGCCUCUUCUCCCCCAUCGACGACCACUUCCAGCAUUGUGGGCCCUGCAGGCUCAGCUGGUGCUUCAACUUCGGUUGACGCUUCCGGAGAUGCUGGAAGCAGUGGAGGUGGUGUUGGCGUUGGAGGCGCGAUAUCGAUUGCAACUCUGACAGCCAAUGCGGCAGCUAGAGGUCUACGUGCCCUGGCUAACGAUUCAAACUACCAUUUGCGUCAGAUCUUCAUUCUCGCUGUGCAGGCGCUAUGGGGACCAGGAAUUCCGGAGGAGCCGUCCUACAGUGCGUUAGGUGAUCUCUCUCCAAAUGUGGGUCUCAUUUCUCCCACCCUGCUAUACGAUUUUGCACUUCAUCUACAUCGUCAACAGAGGCAGCCGCAACAGCAGCAGCGGAGGACGCCGGACAAUUGUGCACCCCCUCCGGUUGGUUUACCGGCCUCUGGCCUGCAGACCUGCCUUCAACUGCUGCUGCAACUGCUCACUGCUGAUCCUGUGCCUAAUGUCCGUUUUGCAGCCGCCCGUGCUCUUGUCAUCAUUUCCGCUAACCUUGAUAUCAAAAUGACCCAGAAGCAGGUGAUCCCAGCGCUGAAGAAGGUGUUGGAGGAGGAGAAGGACUUCGACGUCCGGUUUUAUGCACAAGACGCUCUCAAGGGUACCUAA